UAUCGUGAAGUAUUCAUGUAAACACAAAUGUAUUAUCUAGCAUUUUCGUAGUCGUGCAUAAGGAUAACUGAAAAACAUCAAAAAAAGAAAGUGUUUGAUAAUCUAGUUUGAAAGUAAAUCAUUAUAAGCAUGCAUGAAAUUUUUGGAGAUUGUUUAAUAUAGGCUUUAUGCAUGUAUGGUGAUUAUGACGUGCAUACUACUACCGCCUGCGCGCUGUAAAGAGAUAAACGCUAUGGCGAGAUCUCAUGUGACUCGAGAGAACGAAUGAACAUGGGUGAAUUUAAAACAGUCGUAAGCGUGCCGCGCAUACGUGCGCUCGAUGUCAGUUGGAAGAGCACAGAAAAAUUACCAUUAUUUUUAAAGGAAUGAUAGGAGCUCAAAGGUUAAAAGAAUCAAGCGAUGCAAAAUAAGCAACAUUCAAAGAUUAAAUCGAUAUUAUUACAUUUCAACUAACAACAAGAAAAGAAAUAACAAAGAAAUAAAGACAAACAAUUGAUCCAAACUGAUUAAGAUUGAAAAAACAAGGAUAGCGAUAAGAUGGCGUAAAAAUAAAUCUCAAUAAAUCGAAAAAAGAAAGAGUAUAUCGAAAUGGAAAUGAAAUCAAUUCUUUUCAAGCGAUUUUCUUCUUAAAGAAGAAAAAGAAGAUGGAUGAAUCGCCGAAACUCUUUCGACUUCCGGGAACUAUUGAGGAAGAGGAGGAAGUGGAACAACAAAGGAAGACAGAAUGUCAAACGAAAGAAUUGCUAGACAACGCGACGGAAUCUCUUCUUCUAGAUCGGAAAAGCGUCUCGACACUUUCCAAUUUACCAAGAAAUGUUACCCUCAUCAGAGUUAGCACUCAGAGCAGUAGUAUCACCGGCGGUAUUGGUAGACAGGACUCCACCAGGAGUCGAUACCGGGCUGGACCAACGCGGAAGUUGCGUCGUCGCGCGGUCCUGAAAAAUGGCGAUUGCAAUGUGUUACAAUCACGCAUUUCCCGACGAUCAUUGCGUUUUCUUCAAGACAUCUUCACAACUUUAGUGGAUAUACAGUGGCGUUGGACGCUGCUAUGUUUCAUCUUAAGUUUUCUUUUAUCUUGGCUGGGUUUUGCAGUGAUUUGGUGGCUAAUAGCCUUCACCCAUGGUGACUUCGAAGAGCAUCAUUUACCGCCUUUUCAAGUGGAAAACAACUGGACACCAUGCGUUUACAAUAUUUUCAGCUUCACUAGUUGUUUUCUCUUUAGUAUCGAAACUCAGCAUACUAUUGGAUAUGGCAGCCGUUCUACUACCGAAGAAUGCCCUGAAGCUAUAUUUAUUAUGUGCCUUCAGAGUAUCGCUGGUGUCAUGAUCCAAGCUUUCAUGGUGGGCAUCGUAUUUGCUAAAAUGACCAGGCCAAAACAACGUACCCAGACUUUAUUAUUUUCGCGAAAUGCUGUGAUUUGUCAACGAGAUGGUGAGCUUUGUCUCAUGUUUCGAGUGGGUGAUAUGAGGAAAAGUCACAUAAUUGGCGCGAGUAUACGCGCACAAAUGAUUCGCAAUAAAAUAACCAAAGAGGGUGAAAUUCUGUUUCAACACCAGCAUGAACUGGUGGUAGGUACUGAUGGUGAAAAUGGCGAUCUAUUUUUUAUUUGGCCAGCCACCAUCAUUCAUAGGAUCAACGAAUCUUCGCCCUUCUUCAAUAUGUCUGCCGAAGAUAUGUUAACUGAACGUUUCGAAAUUGUUCUAAUCUUAGAAGGUACUAUCGAAUCUACUGGACAAACUACUCAAGCUAGGUCUAGCUAUCUUCCUCAAGAGAUUCUAUGGGGCCAUCGUUUCGAUCCCAUUGUAAGCUACUCAAAGGAACGACAAGGUUAUGAGGUAGACUAUUCACUGUUCAAUAGUACUACUCAGGUUGACACUCCAUUGUGCUCUGGCAGGGAGCUUGCAGAAUUUUAUAAGGCGCAGGAUGAUCUUCGUCAUGGAACUGAUGGAAGCCUAAAGAAAAUCCCUAGCGAACCGAAGAGUGUCCCAAUUGUGCUCAAUAUGCUCCCUCAAGCAGACAGCACAGGCUUCCUCAUCCAUCAAGAUCGCUGUUCUCAGAAACCGUCCAAACUGCAUAUUGAUAUUCCAUCUAUCGACGAUAGUCCUGGAGUGUAACUUAUGUCGGCCAGAAAAAAUUAAAAUAAGGAACGAAAAAAAAAAAGAGAAAUAGGAAUAGAUCACAAAAGAAGAGAAUGAUGAAUGAUAGAGACAACACACACACGCGCGCGCGCACAUUCCUCAUCAUACAAAAAUUUGGA